AGUUUGAGCCGGGGAUCUUGGUGAAAUUUAGUUGAUUUGACAUGGAAUGACCAUUCUGUUUUCAAAUUAGCUGAAAACUGAAAGUUAAUUGAGUUUCUUUUAUCAUCAACUAGCACCAGCUAAAUAAGUCUUACAAUUUUCUUUUAAUCCGGUAAUGCCACACCCAAACUGUAAUACUGUUCAUAGCCACAUCAGUCAGCAUAAACUAGCACAUGCCACAGAAAGAUCACCAACUUGCAUUAACAAUCUGGUAAACAUUAGUAAUAAACAGGAAAAUAUCUCUCUGUUGUGAAAAGGUCUCUUUGUAUAUAGUUUAUAUUGAAAUAAUUUUCUCAAACAUCAAGUACAAACAUGUUCGCAGUGUUUGAAGUAUCUCUAGACCAGACUGAGUGUUAUGGUGAUUCUCUUUUCCCAAAUUUAGUUGGAUCAGGGUUAGAUAUACAUGGCAAGUUGGUGUGAAAAUGGUUUGGCACACGUUGGAAAGUUUUCUCAUAAAGGCCAAACAUAAAAUGAAAGUUAAAAUGUAGUUUGUGGCAAAAUUGAAGCACUGCUUUUUACAAGUACAAUCAUUUAAAUUAACAUGUCAUGAACUUGUAAAGCUGAGUUACAGAUUAUUCAUCUUAAGUGUUUUCUCAAAAACAUCUAUAUUCAUUCAUGUUUUCUGAAAAGCAUAAAAUCAAGCAUUCUUCAAAUAAAUGUCAGAUUGUAGACACAUUUGUUAAUAUACCAAAGGCAGUUAAUGAUUUGUCUGUCAAAUACAACAUUCAGACUGACAUUGAUUUCUUUGUUUGAUUAUAUCAUUUAAAUGACCCAGUUCCUCAAAACUUACUAGACUCUCAAUAGAAACACUAAAUGAGACCUAUAUUGUGGAAAUUGUAAUUAUAACCAUCAAUAAAGCUUGUUAGACUAUAUAUUUUUUUCCCGUAGUCAUGUUCAUAAUCUCAAUAUGUAGCAUUACAGCAGUGCUUCAUUUUGUUGAAAGUGAUGUUUUAACAUCAGCUAAAGUCAAAGACACGUUUCACCAAACAAAACCGUUUUCAAGCUGUUAUAUCAAAAUGUGUUCUCACUACGCUAGGGCUGUCAAUGUAUUAAACAAGUCUCAAGUGAUCAAAUUUAAACACCAUUAAACUGUAAUUAGCAAAGAAUAACUACAUUUUGCCAAGUUGAUACUAAAAUAGUUUCAUUCUGUUCUGAUUGACUUAUAAAGAUCGGUUGGAAUAGGCUAAAAAAAUGUUCAAGAAUGCUGUUGCAGGUUUCAUUACUAAAACCGUUUUAGUAUGAAAUGUUUUUUUGGCAAAUGGUUUAUAAGUAAACCUUCUGAACACUGUCACUGCAACGUGUGAUACAAUUUUGAAUGUUCAGUAAGCCAGAAAGAUGAACUGAAUUCCUUAAAACGUAUUAUUUUAAAAACUGAUUAUUUUAAUCUUUGACAGCCUUAGUUGUGUCCCAUCUGACUUUAAUAUAUAGGCCGUGGCUUUUUAAAAUUGUUUGUGCCCAUCUUUUUAAUGAGCUCUUAACUGUCAGAAAAUGCUAGUGUUUUUAGGAAGUGGAACUUAUUUUUAGUCAGAUCUGCAGAUAAUCUGUCUUUAAGAAAGCUGUUCAGGGAAUAGGCCCCCAGAACACAGGAUACUUUAAAUGAUGUGUCAAAACUUUAUAUAGAUAAGAUUGAUGAAUGUCUGCUUGUUUUUAUGCAUCUUAGAUGUGUACUUGAUCAUUUGUUUGAAAUCAUCUGUGACCUUUCUGAUUAAAGUAGCAUGUUUAUAAAAAAUUAUAUUGAAGAUCCAUUGUGAACCAUUACAGAGAAGGAAAAUCCCUACACAUCUCAAUGUUUUGCAGCGGUUGAAUUUGAACAUGACUUGAUUUUCUCAAGUAAAGCCCAGAAAAGGGGGGGAAGCAUUCCAAAAACUGCUGCCACACGUUCUUCAGCGAACACCCUUACAUUGAGUGUUCACACUAUCGCUUCCUUCAGUAUCUACACACUGGCAAUCUGUCGAGCUUGAGGAAUGCAAAUGGUUUGACUGCAGCAGAUCUGGCCCAUGCUCAAGGCUUCCAUGAUUGCACUCAGCUCCUCUCUAAUGCACAUAACCAGCUAAAUCAGACAAAUGUAUUUGCCCAUAAUGGGACCGACCACUCGCACACUCAGGGCCGCAGUCUUCUGAAUGGGAUGGCCAAUAGAAAAAGAUUACUUGAUUGCACAGAGCCAAACCAACUGAAAAAAGCAAGAACUGAGAGCAUGAAUUUUUCAGUGAAGACAAACAAUGAAAUUGGAGAGGAGCUUGAGAGUAUGAAUGUGGAAUCAACUGCUGAAAACCAAUCAGAUGAAGCCAUAGCCACAGGUUUGAGGAAUGGUCAUGGGCAGCAGAACAGUUUCACUGUCAACCGCUUCGCCACAAAUGGGCAGUGCUAUCAGUCCCAUUUCAGUGGGGUUGAGACCAUCCCAGCUGAGUCAAGAAUGGACAUGUGCGGCUCACUGCACCUCAAUGGAAGCCCAAGCAGCUGUGUAUCUCACCGGCCUGCAUGGGGUGCCUUCCUGCCUGACUCCGGUGAGCAUCUGCACUAUGGACACUACCAUGGCUUCGGAGAUACGGCAGAGGACCUGGAAGAUGCUAGCAGCUGUCAAGAGCACAGCACGAUCGUGAAGGUGGAGCAGCACUACGACCAAGAGGUUCUCAGUGCUGUGCAGCUGUUCCAUGGAUCCUAAAGUGAAAAUGAGUUCCAUCCAUUUGAUGACAAGUGGUCACAUUGAUGGCAGUACUAUCCGCCUUAAACUGAGGGGUUAUCUUGCACCUCAAUGCAGGCUGUUUUGUUUUUGGAUUUGGGGAAUUUGUUUUUGAUAAAAGUGGACAAUCUUUCUACCAAAGGGAAAAAAUUGUAUUGCAUUUUGUAUCUGAGCUAAUGACUUUAUUAUACAUACGUGUUUGAACUCAGCCUAGAUAUCUGGGUGCAUUUCUUUUUCCCCUUUAAUGCAAUGUUAGAAUGUUAAUUUGUACAAGGAGUUGAUUUUUAUGUGAAUCAACUGUGAGUUUGUAGUUUUGUGCCAAUGAAUACUAGCUUUUUGAAAAAGGAGUCUUUUGUAUGAUUGUAUUCUUGUGAGUUUUUUCCUGAGAAGCAAAGCUGACAUGCUGACUGUAAAACAGUGUUUUUUAAAAAAAAAAAAGAAA